CACCGUUCCGACGUCACAAUUACACAUUAAAAAUAGUUUAAUUUGGCACAAAUAUCUCUGUUAUUUCGGCUGGUGUUCGCUUUAGUGUCCGAGAUUAGCGCGUCGAAGCCACAACAACAAACCGUCCGAAUCCAACUUUCGAUUUUUGAAAUUUUUUAAAAAAAAUCCGAAUUUUUUUUUCGAAAAAAUUAUUACGGGAAGUUCGGUGAAAACCGGGAUUUCUUUGAAGAAAUUGUGUCGAUAAGUGUAAAAAGGAUUUGAAUAAUUUUCACGAACUUUCGAUUUUUGAAAAAAUUUUCACAUUUUAUUUCCGAAAUUUUUUUUUUCGAAAAAUUGUUGCGCGAACUUAAAAUUGUGAUUUUUUCUGGAGGAAAGUGCAGGAAUAUUGUAUAAAGGAUUUGACUAAGUUACAUGAUCACCGUCGAAAAUAAUCCCCACCCGCCAUAAAAUAAGUGUUUCUCACCUUUAGUAUUUCGAUUGAUUGGCAACGCCCCCAAAAUGCCUUACUAUUCUGAACUGGGAAUCUACACGCCGAGCAGUACGUACACAGCGCCUCUGUUCAAAGGACCUUACUCCAAUCACUCCUCUAUAAUCGCAUCGAACAUACUUCCCUUCUCCAAACAACUCCACCGUACCAACUUCAGAGGCUACAAACCUCAUCUCACCACCAUCAGCGAGGCUAAUAUCGCGCCUUUGAGGAGAAUCAGUUCGCCUAAAGUCAUCUAUCACAGUUCUCCGAAAGUUAGAGUUCAAAGACCGAUAAAGAUCAACACAGCUGACAUAGAUGUCUCAGUGAACAAGUACCGGAACUACAAGGAACCAGAAAAAAAGUCUCCAAGCCCGAAAAAAGAAAUAGUAAGUGAAGAGAAAGAAGCUAAACCUAAUACUAACAUCAAACGUGAUAGGGCUACCAUCAGGCUCCAAACAAUCCAUAAAGAUGCUUUAGAGAAAGAAAUAGGAGCUAUAAGAAGCUGGAGGGAUAACUUUAAACCUGAGGAACUGGUUACUGAAGCUAAAGUUAAAAGAAAAUCGCCAGGUGAAAUCUUAAAAGAAAAAUUCUUAAUCAGAAGCAAAAGCAAAGAUAAUAUCUCAAAUCUAACCCCACCAAAACUAAACAGAAGAAACUCCGUAAGGAAGAGCCCUAGUUUCAAAGAUAUUUGCGAUGAAAUCACUUCAAACGAGGUAACAGACGAUUUGAAUCCUGGACAACCCAUUAAUAUCAGAAGACGACAAAGCAGGCAACUGUCCCAUGACGAUUUAAUCAAUGAAAUCAAAAGAAGUUCCUCAACUCUAAGUGUUGAAGAAGUGGAGUUACUUGACGCACUUCUCCAGGCAGAAAAUGAAGUGGGACUGUAUAAUUCUCCUCCGGUGAUUGAAGAGAAAGUUAAAGGUGUCAAGAAGAAGAAAGUGACCAGAAAAAAGACUGAUGACCUUAUUAAAAAGACUGAAAAAGAAGAAAGUGGUACAGAGGAAGAUAUAUCAGUUAAAUCCCGAUCGAUAGCUAGUAGACAAUCUUUGAAAAAAUCAUCGAGUGAAAUAAGCAUUCCUGAGACAUCAAACAAACCAGUUUCAAGAUUGAGAAAGGACAGUUCUUUGCAAAAUAUGAUUAAAGACAUAUCGCAGGUCGAAAUAGAGAUGAUACCGGUCAAACAAAAACCGGUUAUAACUGGUUCUGUAGGAGACAUCGAGGAGAAGACCACCAACAACUUGAAACUGGUUGUCGAGGACUACGAGAUACAGGAAAGUCCCAAACGUGCCAAAAAAGAGAAGAAAUUUAGAUUUAACGUAACUGUCCAGGAGUUUCCGGUUAAAAAGAAGAUUACUGUGCCUAAAUGUAACUUAAAAGACAGUGACUUUGGUGUUGUUCAAUUAUCUACUCCUAAAACACCUGUAGUUACAAGUAUUUUAAAGAAAAAAGAAGAUAAACAGGUUGGUAAUGUCGCUGGCGACGGUAAAAUCUUUAAGAAAAAAGAACCUCCUCCUGUAGAUGAUACUGAAAUGAAACAAAAAUUACUGAAAAGCUUGUCAGAGGUGCAAGUUAGAACCAAGGAGGACAAUACUGUACAGAAAUCGGGUAGCAACGAAAACAUGUGCAGUACUUUUACGGUUUUAGUUAAUAAAUCAAAGAGUGAUAACAGUGUUGCUGAUGGUAGCAGCAGAACAAGCAGCGGAAAGUUAAAAAUAGUGUCGAUAGAAAAAAAUCUAGACCAAAAAGACCCUUCUCCUAAAACUAAAACGGAAUCUCUUUUAAAAAGUGCUAAAAGUGAUUUAAAAGAAAACACCUUUCUAUCUAAAUCUGAUCUAGGUCCCAAGAGGAAUGUUUCAGCUUUAGCUCAAAGGUUUAAGAAAAACACCACCGAAGAUUCACCACCAAAACAAUCUAGUUUGAAAAGUAAAAAAUUAGAAGAGCAAAAAGAAAUAAAAAAGGACGAUGUAGUUAAGAAGGAUGAAAAUGAGAAUGUUGUUAGUAAUGAAGAACCUGAAAAUAUCUGGAAUAGUCGAGAUAAUGAACCUUAUGAACCACCGAAACUGACUAAACUAAAUCUGGGCUUGAAGGAUCCAAGAGAAAUCAUUGAGGAACUUCAGGAGAACCAGCCAGAAACUCCAGAAGAACGUCAGAUGAGAAUCAUGUCCAAACGUUCCUUAAUAGAAAAAGCCAACAAAUCUGAUCCAGACUUGAAAGUUUUUGAACCACCAACCCCUCCACCACCCGAACCAGAAAAAGAACCUUCCCCAGAACCUUCCUUUGUUCCCCUAAAGUCAAACAGACUGUCCCAGUGGAUGCAUCCGUUUAAAAAACCCGAUCAAAACGAGGAUGGUUCUUUGGAACUGUACGCGAAGCCUAAGUUUAUUCGCGCGCGUCAUAUACCGCGUCGCUGGCAACAGCAAAACGUCGAAAGUAAUAGUGAGGGUAGUACGACCAGUGAUGAUGACGAUGACAGUUCUAGUGAUGGUAGUGAUGAGGAUGAUGACGAUGUUGAUGAAGAAGACGGCGAAGAAGAGGAAGAGGGAGAUGUUGGAGGUGAAAGUAAAGUGGGAGCUAGUACGUCGAGUAAUGAUUCUGGAUUUGAUUCGGGAAGAGCGAAAAAUAAGGAAUGUGACGUGAACUGUCACAAGAAAUGCGAAAAAUUGAUGGCAAAUUUGUGCGGCAUCAACCAAAAGUUGGUUGUAGAGGCCAUAGAAAAAGUCAGGAAAGGUUCCAUUGAUAGUCGUGACUCUCCAGGCAGUACCCUUAAUCCAGCUCUGAAUCCAGCCUUUGCACUGGAUUACAAUGAUCUUCCCGAAGAAGUGUCCCAGUCCAGUACUUACCAGAGCUUCCAGAGGAGUGGGAGGAUCACCCCACCAGCCACAACGAUUCCAAGGUUCAGGAAAUACUGCGUGGACGAUUUCAACUUUUUGAAAGUACUUGGAAAGGGAAGUUUUGGAAAAGUAUUACUUGCCGAAUUGAAAGGCACCGAAUACUACUAUGCUGUGAAAUGCUUGAAGAAAGACGUAGUACUUGAAGAUGAUGAUGUUGAAUGCACCCUGAUAGAAAGAAAAGUACUAGCUUUGGGUACCAAACAUCCUUAUUUAUGUCAUCUAUUGUGCACAUUUCAAACAGAGUCUCAUCUGUUCUUCGUUAUGGAGUACCUCAACGGUGGCGACUUGAUGUUCCACAUCCAAGCUGAAAGACGAUUUUCUGAAGCAAGAGCAAGGUUCUACGGUGCUGAAAUCGUUUCAGGUUUGAAGUUCUUACACAACAAAGGAAUUGUUUACAGGGACUUGAAAUUGGACAAUAUAUUGUUGGACUUCGACGGGCACGUCAGGAUCGCCGAUUUCGGCAUGUGCAAACUCCAGAUUUUCCUCGAUAGAAUGGCGGAUACGUUCUGUGGUACUCCGGAUUAUAUGGCCCCAGAGAUUAUUAAGGGUCAGCAUUACAACCAGUGCGUUGAUUGGUGGUCAUUUGGUGUUCUGCUCUACGAGAUGUUGCUGGGUCAGUCUCCUUUCAGCGGUUGCGACGAAGACGAGCUCUUUUGGUCCAUAUGCAACGAGAAGCCAGUGAUUCCUAGGUUCCUGAGUGCUGAUGCCAACUCUGUUCUAACACAGUUUUUGGAAAAAGAUGCAAAUAAGAGACUUGGGAACCGAUUUUCGCCUCACGGCGAUAUACAGGAUCAUCCGUUCUUCCAACCAAUAGACUGGCCAGCGCUAGAAGCUAGAAAAUUGGAACCCCCCUUCAGGCCAAACCUGCAACACCCCUUAGACACACAAUACUUCGACAAGACCUUCACUACAGAACGUGCAAAACUCACCCCAAUAGAAACCCCAAUUAUGCAGUCCAUGGACCAAGUUCAGUUCCAGGGCUUCAGUUAUACCAAUCCCAAUGCCACAGACAAAUGAAACACGUAUACGACUUUUUUUAGAGAUAUUUUGUAAAUAUUUUGUACAAAAAAAACUUAAAUUUUUGUACGAACAGGGUUGGUGUUACAAGGUAAGGUAUUUAUACAAUUUUUGUACAUACAAGGUUGGGAGUUGAUGGGUUGAUGACGGUAGAAAUGAAGGUGAUCUCAGGUAGAAAGUUUAUCUAUGUACAUAUAUGUAUACUGACUGAUGAGGUUUAAGAAAGUAUUUGAUAUUGGUAGGAAGAGGAAGAAUUUUUUUAUAUGAAGAAUAGGAUUAAAUUUGUCAUGAUUGUACUGUUUUAUUGUAAUUUUUGUAGUACUUAAUCAUUUAGAUAUGUUAAUAUUGUAUAUAUUACAAGCACAAGUAUAAUGUCACUGAAAAAUCUAAAAUGAUCUGUUUUGUACUAGUUGUUUGACAGUUUUUUGUCAGUGUAUCUUAAAACUGUACAGGGUGUCCCACUAAGAAUAGCUCUCGGCUGUAUCUCGGAAAGUAUUAGCAGUAGGGGCUGCGGAAAAAAAAUAUUUAUAACUAAAGAGGCUAUGAGACAUUGCUGGAAAUUAUUUUCAAGUUUGUAGAAUGACCGC